UCACGUGGUCGCAUUUUUACGUAACAAACGGGUGUACACCUGUAUGUUGCCAAGUCUCUACUGGCACAUAAACUAGAGACACAUUGUAGGCUACAGCUAUGGCUAAACACAGUUUUUAAAUACAUUUAUAAUAACCGGCAUACAUUGUAUGCCGAUCAUCUAGCCUACAAUGUCGGUCCAACACCCCGACAGAGAGGACGACGUCGAAGGCAGAAGAGGAUUCUUCAUCGAACCAGAAUACGACUGGGACGAGGAGCAGGAUAAUGUAGACCACCACACACUUAUUUUACAAAAAGCUGAUGCACUGGCAUCAGAAAACCGUCUCAAAGAAGCCAUCGAUGUUUACUCGAUGGCCUUGAGAUAUGGUUCUGUAGGGCCGGAGCAGAUGAGCACUUUAGUGGAUUGUAUUCUGCGCAACUUCAAGAGAAAGCUGGGAAAGGACGAGGCGCCUUCGGAACGAAAGCUACAUAUUUUGGAUAACGCCGGGGAGGAGGAUGUUUUUGACUGCUCGAAUUGUCACAGAUUUCUAGGCGAGCCCGUGACUAUCGGCUGUGGACAUUCGUACUGUAAGAGAUGUUUACAACAUCAGCUGCUCUCCAAAUGCAAGCUGUGUAGCGAGGUAGGAGGCAUGCCGAAGGAGCUUAAAACGAAUGUGAUUCUAUUCGGACUUUUGGAAAAGUGGUUUCCCGAGGAGCUGAAAAGGUCUAGAGCUAUUAGUGAAAUUGAAGACCUGUCUCGAAGGAAACAUUUCGAGGAGGCCGUAUCACUAGCGACAGAUAUGAUUGAAUCUGAUCCUGGGGAUGAUGCAGUGCGGUGGUCACGGGUGAAGGCCUACACCGGGCUCCAGCAGUACCGAUUGGCCCUGGAGGACGCUGAACUCUGUCUUCGCUCUGCCCACUCUGCAGAGGGUUUCUACUGGAAGGCCAAGGUGCUCCAGGACAUGGGCCAGGUGGACGACUCGCUGCAGGUUUUCCUCCACUGCCUGGCCCUGGACGAGGACUUCACCCUGGCAAAACGAGAGGUGGAAAUGAUACUGUGCGACCUGCUGUCUCCGGCCGGCGAGAACGUGAAGGUGGGCCUGAGGGAGACGGCGCAGAGCACAUCGCCUCGCCUGCGUAGUAAAACUGUGGUGGCGGACGCCCAGGCCAGAGCCCAACAGCAUCAGGCCGAACACCCUGCCCUGCUUCAAGUCCAAGCUCGCACUUCGUUGGCACACCCCAGCCCCGUCGCACAACACGAGAAGCCGGGUCGCUCCGGGAGCCUGGAGCGUUCGGGCCUCAGCCGCGGUCACUCGAUGCGAGCCCACGGGCCGGGCCUGGGUCUGGGCAGCUUGGAUGAGGGUCUGAAACGUGUCUGCUCUGCACCCCAGCUGGGGGACCAGGAGAAAGGGGUGCUGCUGAAGAGGAAGCUGUCGGCCUCCGAGGGCGGACCCCACGUCGUCUACAGCCACGGGAGCAAGCAUAAGAAACAAGGAGGGGCCUGUGGUAUUUCGAGCCAGAGAGCCUCAGCGCGCCCUCACAGAGUCGUACCCAGGGACCUACUGGACCCCAACGACCUGGAGUGUUCCCUCUGCAUUAGAUUGUUCUACGAACCGGUGACCACGCCGUGCGGUCACACCUUCUGUAAAAACUGCCUGGAGCGCUGUCUGGACCACACACCCCAGUGCCCCCUCUGCAAGGAGAGCCUCAAAGAGUACCUAGCAGCCAGGAAGUACACAGUCACCAGUGUGCUGGACCGAGUGAUAAAGCAGUACCUGUCUGAGGAGCAGUCGGAACGGCAGAAGACUCACCUGGAGGAGACCAAAGAGCUCGCAGACCUGACGAAGAAUGUCCCCAUCUUUGUGUGCACCAUGGCCUACCCGACCGUGCCGUGCCCCCUGCACGUCUUCGAACCGCGCUACCGCCUCAUGAUCCGCCGCUGCAUGGAGACCGGCACGCGGCAGUUUGGGAUGUGCAUCAACGACGCUCAGAAAGGAUUUGUGGAGUACGGCUGCAUGCUGAUCAUCCGGAGCGUCCACUUCCUCCCAGACGGGCGUUCCGUGGUGGACACCAUCGGAGGGAAGAGGUUCCGGGUGCUGACCCGCGGGAUAAAGGACGGGUACUGCAUCGCCGACAUCAAGUACCUGGAGGAUACCAGGGUGAGCGACGACGAGGAGCUGACACAGCUGCAGCAGCUGCACGACGUCGUUUACGAACAAGCGCGAACCUGGUUCCAGAACCUCAAGAACCGCUUCCGCAACCAGAUCCUUCAGCACUUUGGCGCCAUGCCCGAGAGAGAGCCCGACAUCCAGGCGACACCCAACGGUCCGGCUUGCUGCUGGUGGCUGCUGGCCGUGCUGCCCAUCGACCCUCGCUACCAGCUGUCGGUGCUUUCCAUGACCACGCUGCGCGAACGCCUGGUCAAGAUCCAGCACAUACUCUCCUACCUGCAGAGCAUCCCCAACGAGUAGAAGAGUAGAGUUCCACCUGACCACCGCUACUUCUUACAUCCUGGUUCCGACACCGUGUACCUCCAUACCACAUCUAACAACACAAGACUCCCACGACUCCGUACAUCGGAUGUCGCGAUUUAUUACUGCUGAGGCAUCCCCCACAAGACAUCCGUGAGACAUCUGGACAGUGAGACGUCAAUGAGACAUCCCACUGAGAAGACAGAGUCACACAACACUUCUACGACACCAGCAAGAUCCCAGUCACAUAAGCAGCUAGCUUUAGCAACACGACAGCUAGCUUUAGCAACACGACAGCUAGCUUUAGCAACACGACAGCUAGCUUUAGCAACACGACAGCUAGCUUUAGCAGCACGACAGCUAUCACAUACCAGCUAUGUUCAUCAGCGAGAAUCCACAGACUGCUGAGAAAUCAGCCGAAUUCUAAGAAUUGGUCUUAUCUCUUGUAAUGACGCUUUCUCUCUCCAACCUCCAGGGGCGUUCUUCUCUCUGGUUUUUGGUAGGCUGAGAUAGAUGUCUCUCUUUCUCUCUCUCUCUCUCUCUGUGAUGUUGGUGAUGUUGGCCACUGUCAGCUUGGUUACGAGAGAGAGAAAUUGGUGAAGGAGAUGUCUCCGGCUGUCUUGUCUACUCAAGACGACCCAAGCAGCCUCUCUAUUCGGUCACUGUUGAAGGGUAGAAUGGAGGGGGCGGGUGGUUGUGUGUUUGUUUCUAUGGGUGGACGGUGCUUCUGUGCAAAUCCCAAAUGCUGAAAUUGAGUCUGUCCGGGGGGGGGACGACAAAAAAGUGUGAAUCUGACUCUUCCAGUCAUUAAGCCCCUCUGUCACUUCUCUCUAUCGACUAAACGCACAACUUCCUUCACCGCUGCCACCUGGUGGUGGUGGACCCUGGUGAAAAAGAGAGCUUCCCCCCUUUUUUUAUGAAUGUCUCCCAAUUUUUUUACUUUGACAUAAAUGUUUUGUUUUCUUCCAACACUUCAGAAAGAAAACCCUUGUGGCAGCCAUUUUGUCCAGUCUGUAGUAUAGCUACAGAUGUUGGACUGUGGUCUCGCGACGCUCCCAAGUUCUGUUCUCUUUAAAAGUUAUUUUUUUCAUGGCUGAAAACAAGGCGCAAUUAAAAAAAAAAAAAAUCCAGACUUCCAAUAUACAUGAAUUACUCUGUAUUGUUUUUGUUGUCGUUUCUCAGUGGAUACGAACCUCUUGAAUCCCGAUAGCUUAGGAAGCGUCAUUGAUUUUGCAUUGGGGAUGUUUCCCAUUCCGAGUUAUCAAUUCUUGAGAGAAACAUCAAAAGUCAUCCAUGUGACUUGAGUGAUGUAUUUCCUAUCUCUCUUCUAAGCCAAACCUGUCAACUUCCUGUUUAAAUUCAAUGUUAACUGAAGUCAUUUUUAAGGACAGAUAUAUAAAUAUAUAUUUUGACAGUAUGUUUGUAUGUACAAAAUCACAAAAGGGGAAACUUGCAAUAUUGUGACACAGUGAAAAGGAAAAAAACACUAACCAAUGACCUGCAUUCAGCACUGCAAGGGUUAAAGGUCACCCUGUUGUCAAGUAAAAAGCAGUCACCUACCUUUUGUAAAAAAUGUAAAAAAGGACUAAUAUAGGUGAAUAUAUCCGGGGUGGUCGAUUUCAGACUAAUUUUUGCCUUAUACCAUUUUAGCGUUUUGCUUUGAAUGGCACAAUGUGACGGCUUGGUUAGCAUUCAUUUUGCCGUACUAGUAAUUGUGAUAUUUGUGUUAAUUAUUUGUCAUUUCUUUAGCCGCGUCAUGGCCGAAUCGUUCACAAUGUGUAUAAUGUAUGUCAAUUUCGGCUUUGUUUUUCGUUUAAACCAUUUUGUUUUUGGACAGAUCAUGCUUUCUCUCGAAUGUUUAAAUUAUCAAUUUUCAAUAAUAAAUGAACUUUUUUUUCA